AAAAAAAAAUAAAAAAUAAAAAACAUUUAAAACCUUCUUACUAGCUUACAACCAUAUUUUUAUCUCCUCAUUGAAUCAACACAAAAUUAUUUAUCUCUUCAAUCAACACUUGAACUCAUCGAUUUGUCACUCCAUUUUCUCUCUCUUCGUCAAUCAAUAAUUCAUCACUAAAGCAAUUUGGAGUAAUAAUGGAUCGCUCGACGAGGAUGGUGAUUGGCGUGGGUGAUCGACAGUAAGGACUAUAUUUUUUCUGUGGGGCUCCGAGGGUUCAUGUGCUAUCAGUGGAGUGUGUGGUCGACUUGUGGCAUCAACGGAUGGGGCAUCCGUCAGAAAGAGUAUUGCAGUUACUUCCUCAUGUUCGGGAUUUGGAGAUCGAGAACAAGAAGUAUGUUAUAUUAACAUCUCCACUUUCUUUAGAAGGGACAUCGGAUACUGAUUAUAAGGCUCCCAAUAUUCUUCAACUGAUUUUUAGUCUUUUCAAGAAUGUUAGACCUGGAGCUGAUCUUACUCGUUUCCAGUUACCUCCAUUAUUUAACAUGCCAAAAUCACAACUACAAUGCUAUGGAGAACUAGUCUAUUGUGUGAACAAGGACAUGCUUAGCAAAUGCGCCAAGGGAGAGAAUGCCAUUGAUCGGAUGAUCGCCGUCAUUGCGUGGAAUCUGUCGACAGUUCGAACACCUACGUUCGGGGUUGCUCCAUACAACCCCGUCCUCGGCGAAACUCAUCAUGCGUCUAGAGGCACCCUCAAUAUCCUACUUGAACAAGUUUCCCAUCACCCGCCAAUAACUGCGAUGCAUGCAACUGAUGAAACCAGCAAUAUUGAACUCGUUUGGUGCCAACAAGCUAUUCCUAAGUUCCAUGGUACUUACAUAGAUGGGGUGAUAAAUGGAAAGAGGAGACUAAAUCUUUUGCAAAAGGGAGAAAGUUAUGUGAUGAACUCUCCAAUAAUGCAAUUUAGAUUAUUACCAAAACCUGGUGCUUCUUGGGUUGGAAAUGUGAAGAUCAAGUGUCAAGAGACGGAUCUUGAAGCUCAACUUUCCUUCAAAAGUGAUUCUUUCUUAGGCUUUAAAGGAGGCAAUGGUGCAAUUAAAGGGAAGAUUGUUGAAUCAUCAUCUAUGAAGAAGUUAUUUGAAAUUCAUGGCCAUUGGGACAGGAUUGUAUACAUAAAGGAUACUACAGAUGGGGAAACAAAAGUCCUAUACACUCCUAAAGAGGUUAUUUCUGCACUUCCAACACCAACUCUAAGGGAUCCUGUUGAGGGUGUGUGGCAAAGUGAAUCAGCAGCAGUAUGGGCAGAGGUGAGCAAAGGUAUUAUAAACAAAGAGUGGGACAAAGCAAGAGAGGCAAAGAGAGCGGUGGAGGAGAGAGAAAGAGAACUCCAUAAGCAAAGAAAAUCCAUCGGAGAAAUUUGGGUUCCCAAGCAUUUUGAUUUGUGUCGUUACACCCCUGAAAAUGGUUGGGAUUGCACGCCUAAACAAAAGACCGUCUCACCAGCUCCAAUUAUUCUCCCUAUUUAAACUUUCGACAUAUAACCUAACUUCGCCUGCGUGAUCGAGUUGUCCUAUUAUUAGUUCAAACUAUUCACAGUACUAUUAAUUUCGAACAGAGUAUACGUAUGAAUGUAUCAUGUAUGUUCAUGAAUUAAAUAUGCAAAUUGUUUGUCAAAAUAUAAGCAAGUUUAUAUUGUCCUUAUAAAUAAUUCGCAUAAAAAAACACAAUGUACGCGAUCUAUUGAUUCACGGUAUUAUGUGAGACCAUGCAUCUUAUUACUAACAUACCUA